AUGGGCAGGCUCGUCCGGGAGUUUUCUGUAUUUACUUGCGACACUAUUACACGAAUCGAUAAGAAUCAGAAUGUUUUGGGUGUUCUUUACAUCCAUAAAGGCUAUCCAGAACUAUGUACACUUCCUGAAAAUGUAGCUAAGACAUUGAUUACGAAACUGCCUAUCAUCACUUCAGGUGUUCAUCGAGCUGUAACUGACAUCGAUGUCACAAACGAGCCAGUCGCGUUUAGAAUGGAAACAAAUCGGACAGAGAUCGCGGUGGUCAUGGACAAACAGUUCACCGCUUGCGUGGUUCACAAGUCGACGAGAAAAUUAAAAACUAAGGAGGAUAAAUCUGAUAUACUC